UCGUUUUCUGAGAGAGAAACCCUUUCAAACAGAUGUCUAAAGAGAGUAACCUGCUCGCUGUUAUUUUGCUAGCUGUUGUAGUCUACAUUGCUCAGGCAGAUUUAAUAAAUAUCUUUAAUUAUUUAUGUAGAACGGCAUCACUCUACUUUAGCUAUCAACUCGAAUUUUAUCUUUAAUAAAAUACGUUAUUAGAACAUUUAAUAAGGUUGGGGCACCACUCUCUAAUAAGAGAGAAAACAUGAUAGUUUAAUCAAUUAUUAUAUUCUCAUAAUCUGAAGGUUGGAAUUGACUCGGUGAACAGCGGCGGAUUUUCCCAACACAAAAACACAUUAAUAGGUCCUUUAUAAAUGAAAACGUAUUAACUACUGAGAUUAUACAACACUAAAGAAAACAUAAGUAUCACACAAAUAAUAUGAAAGGCGAAUGUAAGUAUUGAAUGUUACACAAUAUUUAUUGACAGUAAAUCAGAUGGUUGGCAAAUACUGAAACGUUUAGUAGGAAAGAUGCAGGGAACUUUUUGGGGAGUUUUAACCAUAAUCUCACCUGAAAUCACUUACUAAAAAUGAGCCUAACCCAAGUAUACAAAUUGCAUUUGCCUUACUCAUCGAUGAGCGGCAGAGCGGGUGGUGGCAUUGUGAGGAAGGGGGACCUGGCGGAGGUAGCGGCCUUGGGUCAGAUGCAGUCCGGUCUCGGCCGAGACUUCGGCCCUAAUAGCGGCACAGUUUGGGGCUAGGUUCUGUAGGUGGCAGUGGACCCUGUGUCUCGCGACCACAGUCCAGCAGUUCUUAACUGCAGGUCUGCACAUCAGAGUCCGGAAACUGACGAUCCGUUUGUGCUGUUUUCUUCUGCUUCUUAGAGUGCAUGGGAGGGAACAGCGGGGAAUUCUUUCAAAGUCUUUAAGCACAUCUUCUGUAGUAUAUCUGUAAACCAAUAAAUGAAUAGAGAAUAAGGUUACAUGUUAGCGUUAUCUCAAAUCUGUGUCCUUGGGGAGGACCAUAGCCUGCCUUCCAUUGUUCAAAGUGUCCUCACAGACGGUACGUCUCGAGGAGGGGGAAUAAGUGGAGGUCAGUGGAGCAUCAAGUCACAUGUUUUUUUGUGUACUUAAUGGCAAAUGGUCCUUUGCUGCUUUACAAUGUCUCCGGCUUUGUUAUCAGUGCAGAGCAGAACAUUGAGUAAUACUGGUGCUUAUUCCCCUUGAUCUUCUCUUAGAGUGUCAUUGUGAUGUUAGCCAUCACUCUGAGAGUGAGCUGUCCGCAUGUGUGAUUCACGUUACACUGCAAUCAGGCAGAUGCAAGUCUUGGCUCUUUUGCUCCUGCUGUGUUUGCAGAAGUCAUCUCAAUAAUUAAACCCUGAAGGCUUUGGAUCAAAAACACGUCAAACCGUUUAUUGGUAGUCACCUAAAUCAACAUCUCCACUGAACUAGUUUAGCGUUGAGAUCUUACAAGAAACACUUUGACCAUAUUUUAUUACUGAUUAAAGAGUUUUAUUUAAAGUUAAAUAUUCAGUCGUUGAAAUGUGCAAAGAGGAAAUUAUUUUUACAUUUGGUUUUCAUUUUUAAAAGAACAAACUUAUACCAUUGUCAUUUUCAUUAUUUCAACAGAGCAAUUAAAAAUACUAUUAAGCUUCCUUGGAGACUGUUUGAUAUCAAUGCACGAAAAGCACAGGUGUAUUGUAUACAGUGGAGGAAAUAAGUAUUGGAUCCCCUGCCAAUUUAGUUAGUUUACACACUUACAAAGAAAUGAACAGUCUGUCAUUUUUAUGGUAGGUUUAUUUUAACACAUCUCAGGAGGGAUUUUGGUCUACUCCUCUCUGCAGAUCCUCUCAAAAUCCUUAAGGUUUGGAGGCUGAUGAUUGGCCACUGGAAGUUUCAGCUCCCUCCAAAGAUUUUCUAUGGGAUGGUGGUCCGGACACUGGCUAGGCCCCUCCAUCACCUUAAUGGGCUUCUUCUUUAGCCACUCCUUAGUUGCCUUGGCCGUAUGUUUUGGGUCAUUGACGAGCUGGAAGACCUAUCCAUGUCCCAUUUUCAGUGUCCUGGCUGUGGGAAGAAUAUCAGUCAAUAUUUUACGGUACAUGGCCCCUUCCAUCCUCCCCUCGAUGCAGUGAAUCACCCUGUCUCCUUAGCAGGGAAACCGCCCCCAAAGCAUAAUGUUUCCACCUCCAUGCUUGACGCUGGGGAUGGUGUUCUUGGGGUAAUAGUCAGCAUUUCUAUUCCUCCAAACACGACAUGUCCAGUUGAUGCCAAAGAGCUUGAUUUUUGUCUCAGGUGACCACAUCAGCUUCCCAUAAGCCUUCUCUGAAUCAUUCAGAGGUUUAUUGGCAGACUUCAGACGGCCUGUACAUGUUAAUCUUUCGCUAUGAAAACAAAAAUGAAAUGUUCUUCUCAUUUUCUAAAAUGACAUUAAAAUCUAUUUUGAUCCAGACUUGAAGCAGCUGAAACUCAUCUGUGCUUCCUUCUAAAAAAACACCGUAGAGCAAUGUGUUUACCCAUCAAACCCUUCAGGCUUACCAAGGUUAACUGGUAAGAUGAGUCUUUGUGUACCUAGCCUUCCUAAAAUUUGACAAGUUGCAGACACCACACCCUUGUUAACACAGUCAGCAGAAACACCCCUCGAAACCUGGGAUAACAAAUCCUCUUUAUUCUACCGAAGGUUCAGUAAAUGUCAGGCGACCAUUCAUAUGCUGUGUAUCUCAGAUAGGACGGGAGCAGAAGGCAGGUAGAGUAUUUGGAAAUACAGAAACUUUGAUCCUGUGUAUCAGUCCACUAUGGGCCAGACCAUCAGCAAACCCACCAACCCCUUCCAGAACUCCAACUUCUCUUUAAAGCACAGCUCCCCCAGCCGUCCCUUCAACGAACAGAACAUGGCCCCUCGACCAAGCAUCUUCUCCACAUUAAGAAGGCCCCUCAUCACCAAAACUAAUGAUUUCAUACCACUCUUCAAUGACUGCAUCUCUGCCGCCGCAUCAAGAACUCAAGAAUACCUCCUUUUCAAAGACCCAGAGGACAAGCUCCAUGCAAGCCCUGAGGUGCUCACCCAGGUCUUCCUAAUGACCUACAUCUCUCAGAGUGUCAGCCUGAACAUGACAGACAGAUUCAACUGCACGGCCAUGACGCCUGAGCAGCGCAUCCUCUUGGGGGCUGACUGGGUCUGGGCCAUGCUGGAAAAGCCCACAAAGAACCCUCGGAUCCAGAUCGCUGUGCAGGUCCUGCACCUGCCUGACAGGGAGGAUGCUGAGGAAAACAGCAUCCCCCAAGAGGCCUGCAGCGAGUCCAUCCAGAUUGCAAAAAAUGAGUCCAGUAACAAGACCACAUACGAGAGAAUGGUUGACUUCUGCACAUCCAUUGGCAAGGACUGCUACGCCCUCUUCUUGUUCUUGGGAAAGAAAAACGACAAGGGGAAUAUCUAUGGAGUCCUCAGCAACAACUUUGAGGCUGCAAUCGGAAAGUGCAACAAGAUUGACAGACCUUUUAUCGAAAACUUCUUCAGAGGCUCAAGGUAUCUCCAUACACCUCCAGGAAUGAUGCAAGCAAUUGUGACCAAAAAAGAGGGGGACUCACUCACUCUCAUGGUUAAAUUCAGCUAAAACAAAGCGCGUUUAAAGUUUUAAUGACCAAUAAGGUGAUAUAUUGUCAUGGUAGUAAAACUUUACGUGGUAAACUUUAUUCACAAAAAUGUUGAGUUUGACAUAGUGUAAUAUCUUUGAAAGAAAAUGCCUAUAAUAUUUUCAGUGUGUCAACUUCACAACAUGAUAACUGGAUUAAAAACAGAAAACAAUUAUACCUUAAGUUGAAAUAAGUGGAAUUGUUUAAGCACCUCAUGAUUAGGGUUUGGAAGAGGAUCACAACAAAAACUAUUUGGACUCAUGUAUAACUUUUAAAAUGAAUGAAAUCUGGAAAUCACUUAAAUGUUUUCUGCUGUCUUCUACUCCUGCUGUAAGAGCUUUUUGAAAAUAAAAAAAUACUUCAGUAGUUAUUGGAGGAAAGGCUCAAAUGACGCUAACUAAUUGUAAGCAUCAUAAGUAUAAAUGUUACAAGAUUAAUGUGUAGGUACAGAUGUGUUUAACUGCUCUCCAGUGAAAACACAUCUGUAUGUUUCUCAAAUCACUUAACCUGGUGUUUAAAGUGCCAAGAUGGACAGCAAUCACCAUAACAGCAAUGUCAUUUUCUCACCGGUUUGCUGUUAGACAACUUGUUUAUAAUCAACCUGAGCUACAAUACCAAUAACUGUGUGUAUGUACUUGUUGUGUAAAUACAAAUAUUCAAGCAUAAUCUCAGAAUAAUUUCUUGAGGUAAAUGUUCUUGUUGUCUUUGAAUUUGCAUUGCAAAUUGUAAUGAGUUUAAAUAAAGAGUCUAGCAUUUCUGUAAAA